AUGUAUGACGUGUCAGAUCAAGAGUCGUUUGAUAUGAUUGAACAAUGGCUUCAAUUAUUCAGUGAUAAUGCACCCGAUAGGGCACAGGUAGUACUGGUUGGCAAUAAAUGUGAUAUCAGUGGUGAUUAUGAUGAUAACCAACAUAAACAGCAGCCGAAGCAACGGGUGAUCAGCUAUGAAAUGGGCCGACAAUUGGCCGAUAAGUUGAAACUGGAUUUCUAUGAAACAUCAGUCAAACAUAAUAUCAAUGUCGACAAAGUGUUUGAUAGAUUAGUCGAUAUUAUUUGCGAUAACCAUAUGGUGACCAAAAGCCGGGAACAAUUGCUAACAGAUAUAUCCAUUUCGACCGCCGGGACAGUCGUCUUAGGAGAUAAUAAUAGGAGACAACAAAAUAUAGGUCGAAAAAAAUUUAAUUGCUGUUAA